CACACACUCUCAUAUUAGUUAUUAGUCAUUUCCUCCUCAUUUAUCUCUCUCCCUUCCCAUUUUCUCUCUCCUCUCUAAUUAACCAUCACUCACUGCGAAACAACUUCGCCAAAAAAUUUGCUGUAACAAACCCACCUUUCAAACGAAAAUCACUGACUUUUCCAGAUCAUUCAAUUCUCCUUUCCUUUUAUUUCUCUCUCUCCUCUUAACAUGGAAAAUCGCCGGAAAAACAAACUCCGGCGAAAACCAACGGUAUUUUCCGGCUAAAUUUGUCUAUCUGAACAACAAACAACAAACCCAGAAAACAAACAUCCUUAAACAAAGUAACAAUCCCCCAUUUUGUAAAGUUUUGUCGGAGGGAAUGUCGGCGACAGGGGAAGUUAUGGGGGAAGAAGCGACGGCGAAGGCCGUACAUAAGAGGUACGAAGGUUUAGUGAUGGUUAGGAACAAAGCAGUACGAGGUAAAGGUGCGUGGUAUUGGGCUCAUUUAGAGCCGUUGUUGGUUCAUAACGCCGACAAUGGUUUACCAAAGGCAGUGAAGUUAAAGUGUUGUUUGUGUGAUACUAUGUUUAGUGCUUCUAAUCCAUCUAGAACUGCUUCUGAACAUCUUAAAAGGGGUACUUGUCCUAAUUUUAGUUCUCCUACAACUACUCCUACACCUUUGUCAUCUGUUUCUCCACCACCACCACCACCACCUCAACUACCUAGUAUUGAGUCGCAAUCUCAAUCUCAGUGUCUUUCGUCUGGUGGUGGACAUGCAGUUAGUACGAAUACUAAUGUUACGCCGGUGGUGGCUGUUACGCCGCCGGCGCAGUACAACCACCGGAAGAGGAGUUCUUCAUCGUCUUCCGGUGGUGGUACUGUAAGUGUUGGCGUUGGUGGGAAUACACCGAAUGCAAACACCAACGCCAACACUAAUAGUAAUAGUUCUAUGGGGAAUACUACUGUGAGUGUUGCCCCAUAUGUUGCGCCUAUUAGUGUGAUUGACCCGUCUAGGUAUUCGUCUGAGAUGGGUUUUUCAGGUGGUGGUGCAUUGGUGGUUCAUCAUCAAGCAACACAGCAUCAUCAUGGUAAUGUUCAACAAAAUCAACAAUUGGCAUUGGUGGGUAGUGGUGGUGGAGGUGGUGGAGGAAGUGGUUGUGGUGGUGGAGGGAGAGGGGAUGAUUUGUCGGAUGCUCGAGGUAUGUUUGAGGAUAGUAUAAAGAGAUUGAAGAGUCCUAAAGCAUCACCUGGGCCUGCUUUAAGCAAGUCUCAAGUUGAAUGUGCUCUUGAUUAUUUGAGUGAUUGGGUGUAUGAGUCAUGUGGGUCUGUGUCAUUUUCAAGCCUUGAGCAUCCUAAGUUUAAGGCCUUUCUUAAUCAAGUGGGUGUUCCUGAGGUUUCUAAGAGGGAGGUUUGUGGGUCUAGGUUGGAUUCUAGGUAUGAUGAGAUGAGGAACGAGUCCGAGGUUAGAAUUAGGGAUGCUAUGUUCUUUCAAAUUGCUUCUGAUGGGUGGAAGCCUAAGGGUACUUUUGAGGAGAAUUUGGUGAAUUUGACUGUCAAUUUACCCAAUGGUACUAGUGUUUAUCGCAGGGCGGUUUUUACGGGUGGUCAGGUGCCUUGUAAGUAUGCUGAGGAGGUUUUGUGGGAGACAAUGGCAGAUAUCUGUGGCAAUGCCUUGCAGCAGUGUGUAGGAAUUGUAGCUGAUAAGUUUAAGAACUCAGCAUUAAAGAAUUUAGAGACUCAGAAUCAAUGGAUGGUUAAUCUUUCUUGUCAGUAUCAGGCCUUUAAUAGUUUGAUCAAGGAUUUUUACAGGGAGCUUCCUUUGUUUAAGAAUGUUGCUGAGAAUUGCCUUAAGCUUGCGAACUUUGUGAACAACAAAACCCAGGUGCGAAAUAGCUUCCACAAGUACCAAUUGAGGGAGUAUGGUCUUGCUGGUUUACUUCGAGUGCCCAUGAAAGAGCACGAAAUUUUGAAUUUCGAGCCUGUUUAUGCAUUGAUAGAAGACAUAAUUAGCUCAGCUCGAGUGCUGAAUUUGGUACUUUUAGAUGAAUCAUACAAGAUAGUCUCAAUGGAGGACCCGAUUGCCAGGGAAUUUGGGGAAAUGAUUCGGGAUAUGGGGUUUUGGAAUGACUUGGAAGCAGUGCGGUCGUUGGUAAGAUUGGUGAAGGAAAUGGCUCAUGAGUUUGAAACUGAUAGGCCUUUAGUUGGACAAUGCCUGCACCUGUGGGAAGAGCUUAGGACCAAGGUGAAAGAUUGGUGUGUUAAGUACCACAUUGCUGAAGCUCUCAUUGAGAAGGUGAUCGAACGACGGUUCAGGAAAAACUACCAUCCUGCUUGGGCUGCUGCUUACAUUUUGGACCCUCUUUAUUUGGUAAGGGACAGCAGUGGGAAGUACCUUCCACCCUUCAAAUACCUGACACCCGAGCAAGAGAAGGAUGUGGACAAGCUUAUUACUAGAUUAGUUUCGAGGGAGGAAGCACACAUUGCAUUAAUGGAACUAAUGAAAUGGAGGACAGAAGGGCUUGAUCCUGUUUAUGCACAAGCUGUACAGUUAAAACAGAGAGAUCCCAACACUGGAAAGAUGAAAAUUGCAAAUCCUCAUGGCAGUAGGCUUGUUUGGGAAACUUAUCUUCCUGAAUUUAAGUCACUAGCAAAGGUGGCUAUUAGACUUAUCUUUCUUCAUGCCACGACUCGUGGGUUCAAAUGCAACUCGUCAUUCUCGAAAUGGGUUCAGGCUCAUGGUCGCUCGAGGUUGGGAAUGGACAGGGCUCAGAAGUUGAUUUUCAUUGCUGCUCAUUCUAAGCUUGAGAGAAGGGAUUUCACUAGUGAUGAAGAUAAGGAUGAGGAGCUUUUUGCAUCUGCAACUGGUGAGGAUGAUGUCUUGAAUGAGUAGCUGGAGCUUCGGAUGAUGAAACUGUUGGACUUGGAAGGCCUCCUUAGGUCAGUCAGUAAUAGCAUGGAGGAAGAAAAGGAAGCUGUAAAAAUUAUCAGCAGAAAAUAAACACGGUAACUGCCAAAUUCACUUUGUCUAAGGCCUGAUACGCUGUUAAUAUUUGUUUGGAUUUGGACAGAGGCAUAGAUUGCAAAGCAUUGCAAUUGAACAAGAGUAAUAAGUCUUUUUAGCUGGAGUUGCACUUGGUUUUGCUGGUUUCCAUAUCAUCUUCAAAUGUUUCUAGCUUUGAGUGUGCACACCAGAGCAUGGAACCCCACCAUAAAAGGAAGUGGGAGUCCUUUUUGAAGCUUUGGUGGUUACUGGUUACUGUGGUUCAGCUAAAAAUGAAAAAGAAAGUUAAUUUGGGGGGUCUCUCAUUAUAUCAAAUCAGAAACUUUGGGUUAAGCUAGCUUCUGUUUGAAAUAAUCAACCUUUAGCUCAUCAUGUUCAUGCAAAUGACUGAUUGGUUGAUGCAUCCCGUCUUUGUGUGAGUACUGUUUCACGGAGGACCCCAAAAAUGACGCAAAGACUGUCGGAAAGAAAUAAACAGAUGAGAGCCUGAUAGAGAUUUUGCAACAAAUCUGAUUUGAAUCAGGAUUUGCAACACCAAUCUGAUGAUUUUGCAGGUGAUAGGGAGGAUUUAAGUCAAUAUUAGAGUAGGCAUUAUUUGAGUUUUUUGUACAUUUGCUUCUAAUCUAAGUUUUCAACUUUUAGUUUAGUCCUUUUCAUAAUUCUCUUAGAUCUUUAUGUCAAUAAUAUGUUCAUUCUUUGUUAGUUAAGAUGAUGCUGAGUUGCCAAAUUUGUCGCUGCAACAGUAUUGACAAAUUGACAUCUUAUUGGUUCAUUUUUAUAAUGGUGGAUUUCCAAGUCUGAUAUCAA